GGCCCCGCGGUGCUGCUGGCGCUCGCCGUGGCCGUGGCCGCGGGGGACCCGGUGGGGCCGCGCAGUGACCGCGCCGUGGGCGCGCUGCUGGGGCUCCUGCUCUGCCUCGCCGUGGGGCUGGCGCUGGCCUGGCACCACCUCUGCCGCCUCUCGGCCGGGCGCUACCGCCCCAGCCCCAUGGGCCGGAGGGCGCUGGAGGGGCUGCGGAGGCGCUGGCGGCGGCUGCGGCCGGCGGGGGAUCCGGUGGAGGAGCCCGGGGGCGAGGAUGGGGACGAGGAGGAGGAAGAGGCCGAAGCAGACGCGGGAGCCGGGGAGAGCCCCCCAAGUGUGGGGCAGGCGGAGGGGGGCAGCGCCGAGGCUCUGCUCAGGGAGCUCCAUGCGUUCUCGGGGACGGCGGCGUGGGGGGACGCGCAGCCCCACGUCACUGCUCUGUGAGACCCCAACACCUGUGACACCCCAAAACACUGACACCCCAA